GGCAGUGAGGACGGACCGCAUAAACACGCACUGCCCUACACCCUGACUGCAAAACAUGUCUGUGCACAUAGUGUGUCCCCCUUUGCACACCUUUUAAAUUUUUGCUUCCAUUUUUCUAUUUGUUGACGCUUUUCCUGUUUUCUGAAUCACAAUGAUGCGCUACAAAUUUGACUUCAAUUUUUUAUGACCAAAAGAGCGCUGGGGAAAUGAGAGGGGACCAUUAAAUGUGUAAUUGCUGCUCCGUUUUUCAUCGUCAUCUGCUGUUCAUCCGUGUUUUUUCUCUCAUUUUACACCAUUAUUCCUCGCACUUCAUGCAAAUCCGGGGGACUAUGUGAACAUCAUGCUGGCGCUGCGAUGCCUGGUGUUUGCUGCAGUGAGUGCACGGUUUGCCGUGACAGGCUGGAGCGGCUCCGUGAUACGGGAUGGGAGCGUGUGGGAAUGGGCAGCGCUGGAGACCCGGGAGGAACGCAGUGGAGCUGUAGAGGAAGUCACCAAGCCCAAACGUCUCCUGCAGCAGAUCGACUCGGAGGGAGAGAUUGUUCAUGGCCAUCUGGACACCCGGGUGAAGAAUCACACCGAGGGAGCACAACCAGUCCAUUUGGCCCAGAGCAGUUUCCUAGUGGAGGCCUUUGGCAGCUCCUUCAUCCUGGACCUGGAGUUAAACCACAAUCUCCUUUCCUCAGACUAUGUGGAGCGGCACUUUGACAAGGACGGGAAACCCUCACAGACUGUGGGAGGGGAGCACUGCUAUUACCACGGGCAGGUGCGGGAUGUGCCGGGCUCCUGGGUGGCUCUCUCCACCUGUCACGGCCUACGUGGCAUGUUCUCUGAUGGGAACUUCUCCUAUGGGAUCGAGCCAGUUGUUGAAGGCAGCGAUCAGGAAGAGAACGCUCACGUGGUGUGCAGGAUGCCCAACCUGGAGCUGCCCCCACUGUGUCCAGACUGCGCACACAACAGCAGUGACAGUAACGCUGACACUAAUGGUGUCGGUGAUGAUGACGGUAAUGGUGACGUCUCCAUGGAGCUGGAGGAAGAGCCCACUGUCAGAGAGCAUCUGAGGCGCUUCAGGAGACAGGUGCGCCGAGCACAGCACACAGUCCAGAGUGAGACUAAGUACAUUGAGUUGAUGGUGGUCAACGACAAUGAGCUGUAUGUGCAGAUGCGAAGAUCAGCCUCCCAGACAAGAAACUUUGCAAAAGCUGUGGUCAAUAUGGCAGAUGCGAUCUACAAGGAACAGCUGAACACCAGGAUCGUUCUGGUUGCCAUGGAAACGUGGUCAUCACAGGAUAUGGUUUCCGUGGGCGAUGACCCCCUGCUGACCCUGCGUGACUUCAUGAAAUACAGGAAAGAAAACAUCAAGGAACACAGCGAUGCAGUACACCUCUUCUCGGGACGCACUUUCAAGAGCAGCCGCAGCGGGACAGCCUAUAUCGGGGGCAUCUGCUCCCUCACUCGGGGAGGCGGUGUCAAUGAGUAUGGGAAUGUGGGCCCCAUGGCCAUCACGCUCUCCCAGAGCCUGGGCCAGAACAUCGGCAUGAUGUGGAACAAGGAACACUCAGCAGCAGGCGACUGUAAGUGUCCAGACACUUGGCUGGGCUGCAUCAUGGAGGACACUGGGUUCUAUCUGCCCCGCAAAUUUUCUCGAUGCAGUGUGGACGAGUACAUCCGCUUCCUCCAGCAGGGUGGCGGCAGUUGUCUCUUCAACAAGCCCAACAAGCUGUUGGACCCCCCUGAGUGUGGGAAUGGUUUUGUGGAGACUGGUGAGGAGUGCGACUGUGGAUCCCCAGUGGAGUGUUCUCGCAGCGGGGGAGGCUGCUGUAAGAAAUGCACUCUGACCCAUGAUGCCAUGUGCAGCAAUGGACUCUGCUGCCGAAACUGCAAGUACGAGCUGAGAGGAGUGGUGUGCCGGGAAGCAGUGAACGACUGUGACAUCUCUGAGACUUGCGCCGGAGACUCUAGCCAGUGCCCUCACAAUGUCCACAAGCUGGAUGGGUACAUGUGUGACAACAACCAGGGUCGGUGUUAUGGGGGCCGCUGCAAAACUCGAGAUGGACAGUGCAGGGUGCUGUGGGGCCACAAUUCAGCGGACCGCUUCUGUUAUGAGAAGCUGAAUAUCGAGGGCACAGAGAAGGGUAACUGCGGGCGAGAUCCCAGUGGGCAAGGCUGGGUGCAAUGCAACAAGCAGGAUGUAUUGUGUGGUUUCCUGCUCUGUUCUAACAUGACGGCGAAACCAAAGUUUGGGGAGCUGCAGGGCGAGGUGACCAGCCUCACCAUCUACCACCAGAACAAGUACCUAGACUGCCGUGGUGGCCACGCCUUGUUGCAGGACGGCUCAGACCUGGGCUACGUGGAGGAUGGCACUCCCUGUGGGCCCAACAUGAUGUGCCUGGACCACCGCUGCCUCCCUCUGGCCACCUUCAACCUCAGCACCUGCCCCGGCUCCUCCCCUAUCCACACCUGCUCCCACCAUGGGACGUGCAGUAAUGAGGUAAAGUGUAUCUGUGACCGGGACUACACAGGGAAAGACUGCAGUGUCAAUGACCCCAUUCGUGAUCCCAAACCCUCAGAGGGCCCAGAGAAAUAUAAGGAAACAUUCGAAGAGGAAGAUCUGGCGGGGGAUAGCAUGUCUGUCUGCUGUUCUGUCUUCCGUGCAAUGUGUCCUUUUCACUUAGAAGAAGAAGAAAAGUCUUCCACUCAUUCCAGAACUACAGCUCCAACAAUUCUGUCCUAUCAUUGCCCCGCCUCCUUCCUGACUGUCAGUCUUUUCCUACAAUUCUUGUCUCUGGCCUUAAGUGGAAUCUCUGACAUGCAUUCCAGCCAGAUCCAACUGCCAGCUGUUCCUCACAGGUGGUGGCUGCCGCUCUGAUGUCCAGAACAAAACUUUUAUUAAGCCGCCAGCGGCCUUCAAAUGGUGACAGGGUUUGCUCAGAGAGCUACAAUGUCCCAAGGCUUUUUUUUUUUGUUUUUGUUAUUUUUGGUGGGGGGCUGGUGGGGAGGGGGGAUGCUCACUGAUGAAUGUGUAGUGGACAUAUGAGAUCACUGCCCCAACUGCAAUCUCUAAGAAACUAAGGUCUCACCUUCCUUUUGGUGUCCUUGGAGUGACUGCCUGAAUUACAUUAACAACAUACUCCGUGGUACGUUGUAAAGCUGCCAGUUUAGGUAUAUUAGAAUUUCAAAAGGGUCAUCAUGGUUUUCAUCAAUGGAAAGUGAGAAGAAGGCUGGUCCAGUGGGCCAGUGGAGGGAUGACCAGAGUAGAAGCUCUUGCCUUAUUUCAGUCUAAUCCCUGUCUGAGGUCUUCACUGAUGCACUGAGCCACUGUUUGCAAAGGAUAAGACUUUCUCUUUUGCACUCAUAGUGUUAAAAGUAUUUAGGUUUUUUCUUUUGAAAAAGGAAGGUAAUGGACUUCUGGAUGGGAAUACGUAGGAAAUGUGUUGAUGCUUAGAAUCUCGUUGAGACCAUGCACAAUGUUGGUCAGAUACAAAGUACAGGAAAUCAGCUUAAUUCUCCUUUUGCUUGUCAAUUUUAGAUGCCGAUUGCUGAUUGAAUGACCUUCAGAGAGCUUUCAAUUCCACUGAACUAUGAUGGAACACAAGGUUUUCAGAGCAAACAAU